AUGGCGCCGCCGCCGCCCGCGCCGCUCCUGCGACUCCUCUGCGUUCACGGUUACCGACAGAACGAGAAAACGUUCCGGGAGCGGACGGGUUCGCUGCGCAAACUGCUGCGGAGACACGCCGAGCUGCUGUACGUGUCGGCCCCGCUCAAGGUGCCUCCUGUGACGGCUGAGUGGAAUCAAGGCGCGAUUGGGACACAGAUGGAAGAUGCUCGUGGCUGGUGGUUCUCAAAUCCAAAAGAAGACAGUUUUAAUGCCUUAGACCAGGUGGACACCUGUAAAGGUUUAGACGAAUCCUUGGAGACAGUCUCUAAAGCCAUGGUUGAGUUGGGCCCAUUUGAUGGCGUUAUUGGUUUCAGCCAGGGAGCUGCUUUGGUCUCCAUGAUAUGUACCCUCAAGCAAAAGGGAGAUCCCAGGUUUUAUUUUGAUUUUGCAAUCCUCAUUGCAGGCUUCAAGAGCCGAUCUAAACUUCACGCUGAUUUCUACAAGGAGCCCAUUUCUCUUCCUUCUUUGCAUGUGUUUGGAGACACAGACCGUGUCAUUGCUGGCGAGAUGAGCCAAGAGUUAUCUACCCUUUUUGUGGACCCUGUUAUUCUCACUCACCCAGGUGGACACUUUGUUCCUGCCUCAGCACCUCAGAAACAAGUUUAUUUUCAGUUCCUAGAAAAGUUUCAGGAAAAAAAAGCUGCAGCAUAGAAUGCUGGAGAAUAUUGUUAAAAGAUUGUCACUCAGGUUCCUUGAAGCUUUGACACAGUUGAUUGUACAGGUCCUUCCCUAAUAUGGGGCGAGAUGUUGGUCCUUACUCCACAUGCCUUUAGUUUACUUAGCAGUAAGUAGGAACACGGUUGUAGGUUGAUUGGUGGAUCGCUUUUCCAGGGGUUAUUAUUCCUUAAAAAAAUAAUAAAUUUGAUCAAUUAAUCCAUGACUGUUUGUGGGACGCUGCUGUGCGCAAUUGGCUGCUGCGUUUCACCCACAAAAUGUACAGUCAAUUCACUUUACAGUAUAUUCUGUGUAGCGCUUUGAAACGUCUAGAAGACAUGAUAAGGCGCUAUAUCAAAAGCAAGGAUUAUUAUUAUAGUAAAGAAAAAUCCCAGGUUAUUAUGCAUGGCAAUCAAUGUUAGAAGGCAAGACGCACUCGCGAAUGUAUUACAGAUGCAGCAAAUUUCUGUUCCUAGUGUGAUUAACCCUUUUUUUACUUUGUACUUUAAUAAAUGGGAGUUUAUUUCAUGUUAAUUUAUUUUUCAGUACAAAGCCAGCUGCUGUGGGACUGUUGCAGUCAUCUCUCUUGGGUUGGUUUUCACUUCUUGUCAUCUUCUCUUACAAAACCGAUCCAUCAAAUGUAAGCCAAAAAAAAUGUUUAAACAGGUUUCAGACUAGAAGCUUAAAAGAAAGGGCAUUCUGUAUAUAUUUGCAUGGGUGGGCAGUCCGGCCAAUCUGUAGACAAGAGUGAGUGCAACGUGCAUUAUUGGGAUUUUGUUGGUUAUGAGGUCUCCAUACUGGUAAAAUAUUCUUUGUAACUGGCCAUUCAGUUGAGUAAGUUAGCUUCACCUAGUUUGUCCUGAAUGCUCAUCUCGUUCUUUUGAUAUUUAAAGGUUUAGACGUGCAGGUUAUUGGUCAAUCACCGAGCAGUCCCAUUGCUUGAGUUUUUGAGCCAUCCGUUCUUAUAUGUUUAUGUAGAUACUCAAUUUUGGAGAAUUGCGUCAUUCAAUCUGCAAUAUUUCACUAACACUCAACAGGGAAAGAAAUGUUGAUACAAUCUGAAACCUUUCCACAUUUUCCUGAAUAACUGAUCAUAAUCAUUUAAUAAAUAAUACAAUUAGGCCUCGUUUACAGAGACUUCCAUAGCUCAAACACUACUAACUUUAUGAGACAUUCAUACGUUAUGCAAAUUAAUUUAAUUAACAAAUAUUCUUUACUCUGUUGCUCAGAUACUGUCAAUACCUAUUGUACCAACAAAGAACUAAAGUAUUUCAUGCAGGUUAUUUUCUCUCCCUCCUUUUCCACUGUAACGCAUAACUCUACAUAUAAGAAGGCAGGUGGGUAGCCUGCUGUCAGGCCUUCAUCUAAAUGCUUCUGUGUUGAGCUUUCUUAUUUCUUCAGUAAAAAGAAGCUUGGUCCUCCACUUGGGCCAAUCUGGGAUUGGGACACUCCCGGUAUAGACAAUUGUGGCACAGAAUCCAGAUCAAAUCAGAGCUCUUGAAACACUGCACCACCACGUGUUAAAAAAGUGGUUUUGAGUCCCCAGGACCAGUGGGAGGUGACAUAAAGGAGAUUCCGACUCAAGAGAGAGUCACCAAUUGCCAGGCUUGUGACUCACCCAGCAGCUGUUUUGCAGAUCAACAUUAGCAGGUCUAGGAACAGGAUUGCCUCCAUCCACACCUGAGGAAGUAAUAUGGAAGGGGAAGAACUGUGGGGUUUAAGGAAAUGGUGAAAAAUAACAAAAUAAUUUUUCAGUCCUGCCUGCAUCAGUUUCAGUGUCACCACAGCUAUUAGUCAUAAGCUAUUUUCAUAACAUCUUUUACAUGCUUCACGUUGUUACAGAUCAGGGACACAUGGAUAUGCAAUGAGUGUUGAAAUAAGCAGUUUAUACCUGGUUGCAAAUAUUAAAAUUAUAUUAAUGCAAAAA